AGAGAUCCAAGACUAUGAUGAGAUGGUUCAGCUUGUACAAGAAUUGAAGACUAUAUCUAAUAGAAGAGAAUACACUCAUAAUCCGGCAAUCAUUUUCCUUUAUGCUUUUGCACUCAACAGACGUCAUAAAGAGGGAGACAGAGAGAAAGCUUAUCAAGUAAUAACUAAGGCUCUUACUAAGAAAGAGAAUGAGGUUCCUGAUAUAAUCUGUCUGUGCGGACGGAUAUGUAAGGAUAAGUUUGUUGAGAGUGAUUGCUCGGAUAAGGAGAUGCUGGAUCAAGCUGUACGAUGGUAUCGUAAAGGAUUUGAGGUUCAACCGAAUGAAUACGCCGGGAUCAACCUGGCUACACUUCUCGUCGUGUCAGGGCAGGAUUUCGGAAGUAGUCCUGAGCUGCAGAGGAUUGGGAUGGUGCUAAACAAUCUGAUUGGAAAGAAGGGAAGUUUAAACUCUUUAGAGGAUUAUUGGGAUGUUGCAACUUUCUUCGAGAUCUCAGUUCUAGCAGAGGACUACAGCAAAGCUGUCCAGGCUAGUGAGUGUAUGUUUAAGCUGAAGCCCCCCAAUUGGUAUCUCAAAUCUACAAUCGGAAAUAUAACUCUUAUUAAAAGGUUCCGUCGAAAGAACGAGCAGAACUUGUCUGCUGAGGAGAAGAUGUUUAACUUCUGGAUAGAAUAUUUCGACGACGCGACGAAGGAGGAGACGGGGGAGAAUAUCAUGUUUCCAAUUCUCAUCUGGGAACCAACAAAGGUGUAUAUGCCAAGCUACGUAAAGGUGAACAAGGACGCGGAGGAGAAGUCGAUUACGAUUGAGAAUCUGUGCAUCAAGUGUCUUAAGAAUGAUUCUGCCUGUAAACAGGUUCAUGAAUGGUUGUUUACUGCCAGCAUGAUAAAGACUGUAACUACGUAUAAGAGGGAUGACAGGGUACUUUUCCUUUACGUUCAUUCAGAUGAUUUCCAGAUGAACUUUGCUAAUAACAAGUGGAGACUCAGGUUCUAUAAUCUUGUGAUGGAACUGACUGCUGACCAAGAAGGAAUGAUCACAGAUCUUGACAAUGAUCUAAACUCUGGUCCUAUGCAGUUUGAGUAUGAACUAGAUGAGAACGGUAAGAGUAUAGUGCUAGGGAAAGGAACCUAUGGAAUAGUUUACGCAGCUAGGGAUCUUUGCACUCAAAUAAGGGUUGCUGUGAAAGAGGUUCCUGAGAAGAAUAUUGGAGAUGUCCAGCCCUUGCACGAGGAGAUCAAACUCCAUUCACAGCUUAGGCACAGGAACAUUGUGCAGUAUCUGGGGUCUCUCUCAGAGAGAGGAUACUUCAAGAUUAUCAUGGAACAGGUUCCAGGGGGUUCCUUGUCAGCUUUACUCAGAUCUAAAUGGGGUCCCUUGAAGGAGAACGAGGGGACUAUUGCCUAUUAUACAAAACAAAUCCUUGAAGGACUAAAAUAUCUUCAUGAUCAGAAGAUUGUUCACAGAGAUAUCAAGGGAGACAAUGUUUUGGUGAACACCUACAGCGGAGUAGUUAAAAUAUCUGAUUUUGGGACAAGUAAACGGUUAGCAGGGAUAUGUCCCAGCACCGAGACCUUUACUGGGACACUGCAGUACAUGGCCCCAGAGGUUAUAGACAGGGGACAGCGUGGGUAUGCGGCCCCUGCCGAUAUUUGGUCCCUGGGGUGUACUGUAGUAGAGAUGGCAACAGGGAAACCUCCAUUUAUUGAACUAGGUACACCAGAGGCAGCUAUGUUCAAAGUUGGAUUCUACAAAGUCCCGCCUGAGAUUCCUAAUGAAAUGUCUGAGACUGCUAAAAGUUUUAUAAUGCGCUGCUUUGAGCCGGAUCCGGAGAAGAGAGCCAAAGCAUCAGAGCUCCUUGAAGAUCCGUUCAUUACUGAUAUGGGUAAAAGGAAGAAGAUGAGUAAGCUGAAUAUGACUGGUGGAAGCCCUGUAGCUGAACUCUCUAGAAGUAUAUCAGCUCCUACAGACAGAUUAUCUAGGGGUAUAUCCAGGAUUGCCAUGAGUGUUGAGACAGUGGAUAGUGGGCUUAUAGACUCCAGUUCUGUGCUGACUGGAGGAACUAGUGACAGUUCUAUAUUGUCUCCUACUGAAAACUCUUUACUGGAGAAUCCUCUGAGUUUUGCAAACUCCAGGAGGGAUUCAGGAGGCGCUCUUCAGUCUCCAGAUGUUCUUGACUCUCCUAAAGAAGACGGGUUCUAUCUACUGAAGAAGGACUCCCAGAGAAGGGAAACCCUGGUCAAGGUUCUAAGACAGGAUAAGAAUAAUAUCUGCUCCACCUGGUAUUCUCUUAUGCUCAAGGAUGUAUCUGACUGUUGUUUGACAGUAUCUCACCUGAGCACCCUGAUGGAAGGGUUGAGAGGUUACCUCCCGGAGCAGAACAGAGAGGUCCUGGAGUCAGUUCUAGCUAAACUCAAGGAUGAAUUGGAUUAUGAUGGAGCGAAGAUAAACCAUCUGCAUCUUGCUCUUUAUAACUUCCAGGAUGCAGUGAAUGCUGUUCUACGAAUGCAUAGCAUUAAACCACACUGGAUGUUUGCACUGGACAAUCUUGUGCGAGCAGCUGUUCAAGCUGCUAUUCUAGUUCUAUCCCCUGAACUUGGAGCUCAUCUAGCCGAUCAAGGAGCUCCUGUUCUUGAGCCUCCUGUCUAUGAUCCACAUCCUGCUCCGCCUGAGGUUCCUGUAUUAGAUGCUGAAGGUUGUUCUACUAGUGGAGUAUCCACUGUUAACUCAGGAUUUCAGGAAUCUGCUCAACCAUCUGCUAUGUUAACCUCAUUAAGCAGAUUAAGGGAGGAGAACAGACAUCUGCUAGGAGAUCUGCUUCAAGCACAGCACAGCUACCAGGAGCUGCUGAGACAAAGCUUAGCUGAGCAGAAGCUUCAUCUGCAGCUGCUGAGUCAGAGUUUAGCUGCUUCUAGUUUAGCUGUGAAGGAGAAGCACAGAUUACCAGGACACAGCAGUCAGAUGCAUCAGGAAGACGAUAAUGAGAUGUCAACCUCCCAUCAGGUUGAGGAUGAUGAGAGAGAGAACCUCAUCUCGUGGUUGCAGAAUCUAAACCUCAACUCAGAAACUAUAUCCAGGAUGGUUUCAGAGCAGCUCAGUCUAACCGACCUAUUGGAGCUAAUUACAAGGGAUGAUCUCAGAAGGUUGGGACUCAAGGCAGGGCCAGAGCUUAGAAUCUGGAGAGCAAUUUGUAAACAGAGAGAGCAGAACUAAAUCUACUCUCAGGAAACUGAAUAUAAUUUGCUCUUAAAGCAAUUCAUAAAAAAUUAAGAAAAUUCAGCCAAGAAAAAAAAUCAGAAUCAAACUCAGAAUUAACUUCCACAAUAAUCCACAGCUAUGUUGUUAAGAAGCAAACCAUGAUUUUUUGCACUGAUUUAUUUUCUAAUAUUCAUGUUGCAACAAAAUCUUCUUAAGCCAUAUACUGUAGUCACUAAGUACAAACCGUGCCAUAAAUGUUCUAGUAUCAAUACCUUAUCAAUACAAUUAUCAAAACAAUUGCCAUUAAGCAGCAUUAUCACAAUAUUCUUGAAAUUAUACUCAAUCCAUUUUUAUACAUUAAUAUAAUUUUUUCACUUAUUCUAGAGAUAGGAACAGAAAGUUAGUAUAAGUAGCAUUAAUUUGAUUACUUUUUGUUAUAAUAACAAUUAUUAGUGUGAAAUCUUAAGCCAUGUACCAAAUGGCUUGGUGCAGCCUGCUAUUGACCAUUGAGCACUAAAAUAAUGCAGUAAAUGAGGAUUUUCUCUUGCAAUAUAUAAAACUGAACUAGAGUAAUGAAAUUUAGUUUUUGUAGUUUAAAGAAUCUACUUAUCCAGCCUAAAAUCCCAUCUGGAUGCGAACUGCCUUUAAUUCUGGUCCUAUCUGUUAAAACACAUAAACUAGGCAAUUGUCAGUUGUUUGCUGAUAAACCCAGAAAUUAAAAUAAUCAUGAGAUAUUAUUUAAAAUAGUAUUUAUGUUUACGAAAUGACGAUUAAUUAGACUGUUAAACAUUGUGUGCAGGGACUGGAUUUAAUGAAUUUGAGUCAGGUCUAGAGACGGUUCAACCAUAUAUCUUAAUUUGGGGAUUCUGGAUUUGUCAAUGUCCUGCAGAUGGUAUCUCCAUGGCUGUAGAUAGUUCAGAGACCUAGCUCAAAAUCAUUAAAUUCGGUCCAGAUUGUAAAAAAAAUUCUCAAAUUAAACCCAGUUAACACAAACCCUAACAAAAUUUACAUUUUAUGUAUAUUUAGAACUGUUAAACCAUAUAUAAUCAGUUAAUGUCAAUAAAAUGUUUAUAACCUA